AAGUGCAGUCAGUCGUUCGCGUGCCUCCCAUUCCUGCGGUCGUCGCAUAUCUCUCUCUCUGGUGCCCCGGAUUUAUUCCCAUGUGUUGUCGCCGUGCGGACCUCUGACUCUGCCAUGAUCUCUGUGCUCGAUCCGGGCUUCGGUGCGAUGGGAAAGUGGAAGAUGUCAGACGUGUCUCCGGACCCUCCUCCUGCGGCUGUUAUAGCAGCGGCCAACGGGUUGAGCAGCGUGGUAGAGAACAUGGCCAAGACCAAGGGUACCUCUGCCAUCACCUCUUACUCCACUAGUUCAGAGAAGGUCUCCUCGCAGGUCGUGAAGAGUUCCAGCGGAACCACCACGAAGUCUGUGAUGAGCGGAAGCCAGCAGGAGAACCGAAACUACAGCCGCAGCGUGAGCGUGAGCAGUUCGAGUAGCAGUGACUCGCGCCUCAAGAUGAUCUCCUCGCAGCGCGGUUUCUCCGUCGACUGCGGACUCCCGGAAGAAGAGGAGACGACUGUCGUCCGGGAAACGUCCCCGGCGUCCUCCGAGAUGCGCUUCGAGCAGAAGCGAGUCACUUCCUCCUCGCAGAGCAAAGUGAUCGCUGACGGUAUCACCACUGAGAAAGUGGCUUCCAGCAAUAAAGAGGUGAAGCGACUUCAGGCUGGCGACAUCAGUUAUCAGGAGAAGCAGCACAGCAAGGCCUGCAAAGCACGCAUGGAAGGGGACGGCUUUGCAGCCGAGAAGGUGGCAGCCUUGAAGCAAGACCAGAAGCAGCUUAAAGUGGGUGAGACCCUGCAUCAGCAACAAAAGACUUCGAUGGCCGCCGGCAUGAAGCUAGCUACGGAGGACUUUACUGCCGAGAAGCUCGCAUUGGCGAAGCAGGAGGACCGACAGUUGUUCACUCAUGGCCUCUUGCAGCAGCAGAAAAGCGAGAAGGCGACAGCGGCCUCCGAGGUUUUCAUCAGCUCCAAGGGUGUUACGAAGUCGUCGGUGACACAUCAGACCGUGAAACAGAUGGACCUUAGUGGCAUGUCGACAGGGAUGUCUCCCAUUGUGACGUCUCCGACGUCCGACCCGUUCUCUAUGUUAGCGCUGCCUUCUACACAGAAACUAGCCUUGACCCAUGCGGUCAACGAGGACCUGGAGAUACUUCGUUCGCCUUCUAGUCAAUCGGACAUUGAUAAAGCUAUUUCCAGACUUGCCCAGCGCAUGUGUAUUUGUGUGGAAGAACUCAAGACCACCAAAGAGCCGGUGGAACUUCUCGACACGAUGGUGGACAUCAUUCGCAAGGCCUGGGCUGUCCCCACGUAUGGCCACGAUCUAGGUUUUAAAAUGUGCAACAUUCUACGGGUUAAUGGUGGUUUAGAUGUUCUCUUAAGGAACUGUGCUUCCGAUGACGAAAGCCUUCAAUUUGCCAGUGCCAGACUUCUAGAGCAAUGCCUCUCAACGGAGAAUCGCUCCUACGUUGUAGAAAACGGAUUGGAACAAGUGGUGCGCGUGGCGUGCGAGUGUAGUACCGAUCACCAGGCUCUGUACUCUAGGGUGGGCACCGGCAUCUUGUGUCAUCUUUUCAAGCACUCCGAGUCAACGUGUAGUGACCUCAUACGCAUGGGGGGUCUGAAAGCCAUCUUGUACGACUGCCGAACGUGCGACGUGGAGACCCUACGGCAUUGUGCUUCAGCACUCGCCAACCUCACGCUCUACGGUGGUUCUGAGAACCACCAGGCGAUGAUCAAACAUAAGGCCCCCGUCUGGCUCUUCCCUCUGGCGUUUAACGACGAUGACAACAUCAAGUACUACGCCUGCUUGGCCAUUGCGGCUCUUGUGGCUAACAAGGAGAUUGAAGCAGCUGUAAUGCAGUCCGGUACACUCGACUUAGUAGAGCCCUUCGUGACCAGUCAUAAUCCUGAAGAGUUCGCAAAGAGCACCGUGGCUCACGUGCAUGGUCAGUCCAAGGACUGGCUCCUGCGCUUUGUGCCUGUCCUGGACAGUAAGCGGGAAGAGGCUCGGAGCCUCGCUGCCUUCCACUUUGCCAUGGAGGCCGGCAUUAAGAAGCGUCAAGGGAAUACCUCGGUGUUUGCCGAAAUCGGUGCUCUGGAGGCUCUGCGGAAAGUGGCCAGUUCUCCGAACGCGAUCGCUUCCAAGUUCGCAGCACAGGCUCUGCAGCUAAUAGGUGAGGAGGUUCCUCACAAGUUGUCUCAGCAGGUCCCCCUUUGGACCGUGGAGGAUGUGAAAGAGUGGGUGAAGCAGAUAGGCUUCACGAAUUACGCGUCAGAGUUCGUCAACAGCAGGGUGGACGGAGAUCUGUUGCUGCAGUUAAAUGAGGUCAUGCUGAGGGAGGACAUUGGAAUCAAGAACGGCAUCCUUAGAAGGAGAUUCCUCCGCGAGUUGUCCCUGCUGAAAAGAAUGGCGGACUAUUCGUCCGUGGACACGACCAACGUUAACCAGAUCUUGCAGAACCUAGGUCCGGACUUCAGCCAAUACACGUACCGAAUGCUUCAAAGUGGCGUCGACAAGGACUCUCUAAAGUUCCUAAACGAUGACCAGCUCUUUAAGGAGUGCGGCAUCGACAACUCCAUCCACAGGCUGCGCAUCUGUCAGGCAAUUCUUGGUCUAAACCAGUCUGUGGAAGAAGAAGGGGAAGGGUCGGAAAGGAACAAGAGCCUUGAUGUCUUCGUCAGCUAUCGCCGAUCAAACGGAUCUCAACUUGCUAGUCUUCUCAAAGUUCAUCUACAACUACGCGGUUUCUCCGUCUUCAUCGACGUGGAGAGGCUGGAGUCCGGAAAAUUUGACACAAACCUCCUCAACAGCAUUCGACAGGCGAAACAUUUUUUACUGGUGCUGACGCCGAACGCAUUAGACCGCUGCUUGGGCGACACGGAUUGCAAGGACUGGGUGCAUAAGGAGAUCGUGGAAGCGCUUCAAAGCCAAUGCAACAUCAUUCCUAUUCUGGACAACUUUCAGUGGCCAGACCCAGAAAUGCUUCCAGAGGACAUGAGAGCAGUAUGCUACUUUAAUGGUGUUAGGUGGAUCCACGACUACCAAGACGCGUGCGUGGACAAGCUGGAAAGGUUCAUGAGGGGCGAAAUGAACGUUCGCAGCGAUGGACCCCUGGGCCGGUACGUCGGCAUGGGGCCGGGGACGCCCGGCACUCCAAGCAACACACUGGGAGGACGCUCGGCCGUCUACCAGCGCAGUGCCAGCAGUGACAGCGCAAAGGGAAGCACCUGCUCCGACAAGGACAACAACGGACGGACGCUCGACCAACAGCUGGCGGCGGCGGCGGCGCACUGCUGAGCGAGCAGACGACGCAUACGUUCCGUCCGUGAGAGAUCGAACACGGGUAACCAACAGACAGUCAAUCAGGUGACACAGUCCAGAGGAGAGGACCGUGUUACGUCUGUACUUCGAGACGGUAUUGGAGUGUGCGCCAGCUUCAUUUUUGACAGGGUUGCUUGACUCAGUUAAGCAAGUAAGCUGGAACAUUGGUAGGGCCCGACUUUUUCGGCAUACAUUUUCCAGCAAUAUCGGGUUACAUUUUGCUUCGAUAAUUCGGGUGUAAUUGGGUUGAACCGAACCUGAUUGACCCGAAUUCUGGUUGAAUCGGAUUGGACCAGGCUUAAAUCUUUGGCGUAUUCGCCGUAAUACGCGACACAGAAGUAGACACAGAGCAUCAGUGUUUAGUCCGUGCGUCUCGGAGGCUACAGGGCCUCUUUCUUGACAGGUUGUAUGCGCGUAUUCGUGCAUUUAAAACACAGUUUCCAAAGUUCCGCGCUAGUUCUGAUGAGUUCAGAUUGCCCUGGUUCAGCAGUUUUCAGGGAAAUAAUUGGGUUAAACCCCGUUCUUUUUUUCUGAUAUGAACAGGGAGAUAAAUAUCGGGCAUAAUCGGGUAUAUAACCCUAAAAAGGUCAGGCCCUAAAUAUUGGUUGACCUAAGUAAGCCAAAAAGGCGUCUUCUUUCACCUCGUAAAAUGAACCCAGAGGAACAAUUUCCUUCUCGGUCUACACGAAGCAGCUAAAAGAACUCUACAACUCGGAGGAGCACUCCGUAAAAAUGCGGUGCAAAAUGCGAGACCGUACAUGCAGCUCCGGACGUCUGCGAAGUGACACGACUCCAUACUCGUGGUCAGAACUCGAAUUGUCUCGGAAUUGUACAAAACUGUUUUAUUGGCGUUUUGUGCACUAGCAUUCCAACUGUUUUUGCCUUGAACCUGUCCUAAUGCCACUCUGUGGUGUUUUUAUUGAAUGAUCCGCGAAGACAUGAGUAUCGCUUUUGCUCAUGAAAGCACUUUGUGUAGUUGCAUUUUUGUAAAUGCAAAGCCUAGUCCCCAAAGCUUUCGGUGCCGUAUUUUCAAUUGUGGUUGCAAUGCAAUAUAUAUGUGUAUCUACAUGCAUGAUUUUAGUUAACGAUUCUAGAAUUAUGUUAAUAUGACAGAUGCUUGACUAUAAUAUAACGUUAAAGCUGACUGACUAUGGUAGACUGUGUACACGGACUCUCAAUUGAAACAGUGCGGCUGUAUCAUUACGAGAGUGCGUUACCGCGUGAACCUGUACUGUAGCAACCAAUUACCUCAUUCACGGCGCCUUGCAUUUUACACGUGGUCAUCACUGGCCUUUUGUGACAAUUUUGCAGCUUCGCAUUUAGUUACUAAGGUCUAAGAUUGUUUAGUUUUGCUGACAAACCUUAUAAUACGACAGAUCCAUUUCUGCAGAGCUUCUCGAGCACUGUAGUGCUGCAUACAGAGUGCAGAUUCUUGUAGAUUGCACAAACGCCUGCUUAAAUCAAUUUGGUGCCUUAACACCACAGCAUAGCGUUUACAACAAUGCGGUGUACACUUGCCAUAAUGCUGCCAUUAUUUAAGCCGUAAUUUAAAUUUUAAUGGCUUGCCUUGUCUGUAGGUUUACUUACAUGAUGCAAUGCUAGUUGUACAGUCAUCUUGCAUCUUGUGAAAGUCAUGCCUAAUGUUGGCAAUGCAGGAACAUGAUGGAAGAGUUACUUCCGAAGAAGUUUGCCAUCAACGUAGAGCAUAUACUACUUCACCUAUUUUUUUGUGUGCAUAUUUCUGUGUGCGCCACACUUUGCGUGAUAAGUGGUGUGCAGCGAUCACUGGAAUUGAUAAGAUUAUUAUUGUGCAGUCCAUAUCCGUUGCAUUUGCUGUGAAAGAUUGCUCCUGUUGGGCAUACCAUAUUUCGUGCAUGCGGUUACGAAAAAAAGGCAAGUCCCGCGAAUCCGUUCUCGCACGUGAUGAACAUCAGAAAGAGUACCUACAUUUUGGGGCAAAAAAAUUGGGUGGUGCGUCAAAUACGUGAGCAGGUAUGGUUAUGUAAGUCGGCUCACUGGUAUCCGAUAGUAAACGAUAAAAGUGUCGAGAAACCACACAAACUAAUAACUCAGAGAACAGCAGAACAUCAUAAGAGCAUGCCCAGUGUACUCCACAGUAACAAGGUUUACCAAACGUGCGCUCAAAAGGCUCACAUUUGUGGACGUUUCUGAGGUUUCCACCGUCCUACUUCUGUCAGGAACGUGACAGUGACCACUUUGAGUACAUCCUACCAAUUAUAGCAUCCUUCGUUUGUCAGUUAUGGGAAUUGAGGGUACGUAUAUCCCUGACACAAUGGGAAGGGUACAGCUAGAGCUAAACACCGUGUUUGCGAUGAACCUGUUGAGUUCACUAUGUACCAUACAUACCCCAUUCAUCAGUGAAAAAGUAACACCAAAGAAAGUGUCGAGCAAUUACAGAGGCGUUCACGCGUGUACACGCUCGGCAGUAGCUAUGCUUCAUUCAGAAGUGACCCCAUGCUGAAUAGGCUGCCAGUAAUUGGGCUGCAGUGUUCUAUCCAUGGUGGAUUGACUAGGAUUGGCUAAACGUGACACUGUAACGCUGGUGGCGUUAUGACUUCGCUCCAGUAUUUUCCAUCAGGCGGUUUUGUCCAUCACUUACGCAUCAGUAAAAUUCCUUUUUGCAAAACUCAGCACAUGCUGCAUUGCCUCCCCUGUGUGAUACUACAGAAGUAGCAGAGGCUAGUCAAAUAUACAAAGGGAACAGGCAUGGCAAUGAAGCCCUACAAUGUCCAGUCGCGAUGACCGAGAACGACAUGUUACGUGUUCGUCAUCUGUCAUUUGUUAGCCAUAUUACAUGAUGUUGGUUGUUCACUAAUGCAAAUGGGUAUUGCUUUGACUUUGUACAGAAAAACUAGCUUGUGCAAGUAAUACAUGACCAACAAAACCGGUUCGUCAGCUGACUGUGCCUGUAUUCAGUGUGCGCUGUCGUACGUGUUUGCUAUUAUAUUUAUUAUAUUCUACUAAUACGACACUGUGUACAAGCCUGGCAUACUAAAUGCAAUGACAUGUGACCUGUCUGCAGAUUGCUGGACUGUGUACUUCUCAGGCACUUCUGUUUUUUAGGUCUCUUUAGUGACUUGUUUUUCUCUAGGGCAAUGCAGGUAGUGAAAGGCCCUCCUUUUCCAUAGAUUUUUUUUUUGUGUGUGUGUACUUUUUUCACGUAGAAGCUGUAAAUAAUCUCUCAUGCUUGGAAGGAUGCCGUUCCAUCAAUCAUUGUAGAUUCCUUGGUUGUGCCCGAUUCUUUGCUGCCACACCACAAGUGUGAUUUGUAGUGCUCUGCCCAUGACUCGAGAGCAUUUCUUUUUUUUUUGUGCACAUUGUUCUGUAUAUAGCGGUGAUACUGUAGGUACUAUUUGCCCUCAGUAAACAUGUACAUAGAAGUG